UGGUGCACAUGCCGCCGCAGUGUCGUGCCGACGUUCGCUCGAGCAACUGCAGCUGUGAUCGCUACUCGUUGGGAUGUCGUCGGAAGCCGGCGCCAGUAGAUUUGUCGCACUCGCGUCCGGGUAAAUUUUUUCAUUUACCCACCCCCCCGAGUGCCGUCGGUCAGAAAGCGAUCAGCAUUUUGGCGAAAACUCGCCACCGUGACGAUUAAAAAUUGGUGCAUUUAUCAUAUUUUUGCUCUUUAUAGUGACGAUAUUAUAAUUAAAUAUAUUAUUAUAAUUAAAUAUAUUAUUUUAAUAUAGUUUACGCGCGCGUUACGAUCACGACUAAACCGUCUAUCUUCAGUCCGUCCGUCCGCCGACCAUUCUACCGGUGUUAUCGCGAAAACGUUAGGAAUUUUUUUACCACAUCGUCAGCUGCUGCAGCGGUGUUCUUAGCGGUUAUAUACCAGUGUCGUAAUAUAUUACAAUUAAUAUAUAAUAUACGACAACAACGUGACAACAAUAUCGUAGAACAAUGACCGUUACCUAUACAGCAGAGGUGGCCACGUGCAGGGGUUUCGGAUGUUUUCUCAAACUACUAUUGAGGUGGCGAGGAAGUAUAUACAAGUUAGUGUGGCCCGAUUUGGCAGCAUUCCUUGUCUGCUAUUACACUCUGAAUUUGACUUAUCGCUUUGUAUUGAAUCAACAGCAAAAACGAGUAUUUGAAAGCAUAUCCGAUUAUUGCGAAACAUACAGCGACUUGAUACCGUUGUCAUUUGUGCUGGGAUUUUAUAUAUCCAUAAUAAUGCAAAGGUGGUGGGACCAAUACUGUUCGAUCCCGUGGCCUGAUCCUAUAGCAGUUUACGUGAGUUCGCAUAUUCAUGGACAGGACGAAAGAGGAAGAUUGAUGAGACGAACGAUAAUGCGGUACGUUUGUUUGGGUCUGACUAUGGUGUUCUCUAAUAUCAGCCCUAGAGUAAAAAAGCGCUUUCCUACGUUGGAUCAUUUCGUUGAAGCGGGUUUAUUGUUGGAAAACGAAAAAACGAUCGUAUUGGAUUUAAACGACAAAUUUCCCAGACACUCUAAACACUGGUUGCCAGUCGUGUGGGCGGCGAGCAUAGUGACCCGGGCGAGAAAAGAAGGACGGAUCCGCGACGAUUUCGCUGUAAAAACGAUUAUUGACGAGCUGAACAAAUUUCGCGGUCAGUGCGGUUUGUUACUCAAUUACGAUUCAAUAAGCGUGCCACUCGUUUAUACGCAGGUUGUAACAUUGGCCGUGUAUUCAUUUUUCAUUACAACUGUAAUGGGACGACAAUGGCUGGAUAAACCAGUAGUGCCAUUGGCAAAUCUUAAACACCAAACGGAAACGAAUCCGGCAAAUUAUAACUAUAUCGAUCUGUAUUUUCCAGUAUUUACUACUUUACAGUUUUUCUUUUACAUGGGGUGGCUGAAGGUGGCCGAAUCGUUGAUAAAUCCAUUCGGAGAAGACGAUGAUGAUUUUGAAGUUAAUUGGAUCAUUGAUCGUAAUGUCCAAGUUUCGUAUCUAAUAGUUGACGAAAUGCAUCACGAACAUCCAGAGUUGAUCAGAGAUCAGUAUUGGGAUCAAGUGUUUCCAACAGAAUUGCCAUAUACUGUAGCUGCCGGAGAACGUGAACGGCAUCCCGAGCCAUCGACAGCUAAUAUAGCUGUAUCAGAUGCAGACGCCGAAUACUCACUGCCACCCAAGGGCUGCGACGAUGGGCAAGCCAUAGACGACGACGACGCGAACAGCGGAAUACACUUCGUUGCGACAGCGGGUAGCUAUAAGAGAUCAAACAGUCUGCUGCGCGGCCGUCCCAUAUCGUCACACAGCUCCAACGAUCACCACCACCAUCUCAACAACCAGAGCGUGGCCAGCUCGCUAAACCGAGUCGGUUCGGUCACGUCCAUAUUGAAAAAUCUGUUCAAACGCACCGGCGGUACCUCCGCCCAGUUGGGGGGAGAUGGACUGUUAUCGAGGGUAUCGAGCAGCAAUAGAUUGCCAGGCAGUAGCUGGCAGAGCCAAGAGAGUUUACAGAGUAGCAGUAGUAAAUUACUACAACAACAAUUUGGUAGUGUUCGAAUUGCCGAUCAGGUGAUUGAGGAAUUAGAUGAACAAAUGACAAUUACAGCAGGAGGGCGGCUAGAAAGGCGCAGCGAGAAACCAAACGUGCGCACAGUCUUCCCACCACAACCGCCAUUGCCUAAUGACUCUGCAUCAUCAAAUUUAUCAAACAUCACAUAUACAGAAGUGUUAUCAACUAAUGACGAUUUUGGCUACCAAGAUGGAAAACAGGAAGAUACAUUGAUGCGCAGUGAUAGUGACAGUAGUAACCACCACACACCUAGUACAUCUAGUUUAUUGUUUGUUGUCGAACCAGUGGUGAGCCAAUCAGCAACUAUAAACAAUGAAGUGCCUAACAGUAGGACUUCUUCAGUUAAUUAUGAUUACGAAACAUCUAGACGGACACCCGACCAUCAUGACUAGUAUUUUAGUGAUUAUGUUAUUUUUAUUUAGAAUACAAACACAAUGUUAUAUAACAAAAAACAAGUUAUUUCAAUAUAAUAAAGUGAAGUAUAUUUAAGAAAUGUGAUUAAGAUGUAUAAAUAAGUAUAAUAUAAUAUUACAAACUACCAAAUAUUAUUAUUUGUCAACAACUCUUAAACUAGAUUGCUUAAAUUGCUUAAAAUAUAUUUUUAAAUUUGCUUUAUGUUGAAUAAUGUUUUCUCGUAGUGCAAAAAAAUGAAAAAUGGGCAUUUUCUAAUUAUUUUUAUUUAAUUUAAAUCAAAUUCCAAGUAUUAAUUGAUUCAGGUAGGUACCAUAAACUUAUAAAAUACAAAAUGUAAAAUUAUAAUAAAAAUUAUUGAAAUAUAUUUUGGAAUCUAUAAUUUAACGGUAAAAGUAAUGAUUUGAAUUGUACAAAUAUAUUUUUUCUUUUACUUAUUACAGUAGGUAAAAAAAAAAAAAAGAAAUCAUAUUAUAAAAGCUAUGACCAAGACAUAUAUAUAUAUUUAAGUUACCACGAUUACAUAA